AUGUUUAAUUAUAAACAAUAUAGUGGUAAAAUGCCAAAUAACUCAAUGGAUUUAUUAAAUGAUGUAAGACCAAAGGAUUUCACCCAUCCAUUGAUGGUUGUUGUACUGGGAGCUUCUGGUGACUUGGCAAAGAAAAAGACAUAUCCAGCUUUGUUUGGUCUCUAUUGCAGAGAAUUACUUCCACAAGACACUCUUAUCUAUGGUUAUGCCAGAUCACACAUUGAACUCUCAGAGUUUAGAAAGAAGAUUGGUUCAUAUUUGAAGGGCGAUGAAAAUAAGAAGAAAGCUUUCUUGGAUUUAUGUUUCUAUCAUAGUGGUGCUUAUGACAAGAAGGAAGCUUACGAUGAGUUCAACAAGAUUUUAGUUGACGCAGAAUCAAAGAUGGUCAAGGGAUCAAACAACCGUCUUUUCUAUAUGGCCAUUCCACCAUCAAUCUUUAUUGAUGUUGCCAAAGGAAUUAAAGGUUCUUUAAUUUCAUCUAGCGGAUGGAGUCGUGUAAUUGUUGAAAAGCCAUUCGGUAGAGAUUUGGCAUCAUCAAGAGAAUUGAUUUCAGAGUUGAAAAAGUUGUUCCCAGAGAAGGAUCUCUUCCGUAUCGACCAUUACCUAGGUAAGGAAAUGGUUCAAAAUCUCAUGGUCUUGAGAUUCGCCAAUGCAGUAUUCGAACCACUCUGGUCAAAAUCACACAUCUCAUCGAUUUCAAUCACUUUCAAGGAGGAUAUUGGUACCGAAGGUAGAGGUGGUUACUUUGAUCAAUUCGGUAUUAUUCGUGAUGUCAUGCAAAACCAUCUAUUGCAAGUGCUCUCAUUGGUUGCCAUGGAGCCACCUGUAUCCAUGUCAGCAGAGGACAUCACCAACGAGAAGGUAAAGCUUCUCCGUUCGAUUCAACCAUUGCGUCUCGACGAGUUGGUUCUUGGUCAAUUCGUUGGUAGCAAGGAUGGUAAGUACCCAGGUUACUUGGAUGACGAAGGAGUUCCAAAAGACUCAAAAACAGCAACUUUUGCAUCUCAAGUAUUCCACGUCAACAAUCCAAGAUGGAGAGGUAUUCCAUUCAUCUUAAAGUGUGGUAAGGCUUUGGAUCAAAGAAAGACUGAAAUUAGAAUUCAAUUCAAGGGACCAGACAACUUUUUGUUUAGCGACGUCGACAGAAAUGAAUUGGUCAUGAGAAUUCAACCAGGUGAAGCUGUUUAUCUUAAAUUGCUUUCCAAGAAGCCUGGUUUAAAUAAUACUAUUGAGCAAACAGAGUUGGAUCUCUCAUAUCGUAGCAGAUUUGAAAAUCUCGAUCUUCCAGAUGCUUAUGAGCGUUUGAUUUUGGACUCUAUUAGAGGAGAUCACAAUCUCUUUGUAAGAGAUGACGAGCUCGAUGUUGCCUGGCAAAUCUUUACACCACUUCUCGAACAAAUCGAAAGUCUCAAGGUUAUUCCAGAGAAGUACGAGUUUGGUACUAGAGGGCCAGCAUCUGCUGACGAAUUGGCUCAGAAAAUGGGUUAUGUUCGUUCAAAGCAAUACUCCUGGCCAGGUCAAUCAAAGUUUUAG